GUGGUGUCAAAGCUGCAGCGUGGGAGCAAAUUGAAAGACGUGAGAGCUGCAACAUGACUGCACAGUAGCGGCAAAUUGACAACAGCAUGAAGCUGCACAUGGGCUGCAAAAUGGCAACAAAUCUUUUGAAUGUAAUCUUGUUUUAAAUGUUUGAUAGAUUUUCUUGGAUUAGGAGAGAGUAUGUGAAGCUGUGAAGUUGAAGGUUAACUUAAUGUCCUUCAAUCUUCUUGAGGCAGAAGAUCUGCAAGAAGCAAGAUCAAAAAAUGCUAGUUUGAUGAUGAUUUAUGUUGCUGGUAUGGGUGGUGUUUUAUGCUACAGCAUUAGUCCAAAAAGGCAAGGAUGGCUUGUGAAG